UUGUUCAUCCGACAAUGGUUUAUAAGAGGCAUUGGGACUUGCAUGAUGAUGGUUCCUUCAGGGACUCUGGGAAAGGAUCGGUAGCACUGCACAAGUUGAAAAAAUACAAACGGCAUUUGACUGGUGAAUUGGGCAGAGAUCAGUGUAGAAGGGAUUUUGCGAUGUCUUUGCUGGAUGUUGUUGACAAGCCUUUUGUGACGAAUCUGCUUGUCAGAUACAAGGGCACAGAGGACCAAAUCGAUAAAGAAAUAUAUGAUGUUCUUUUUUGUUUGGAACGGACGUAUCGUAUAGGUUUUUUUAAAGAAGGAGAUUAUCUUUUGUUCAGCGAAAGCUUUCAGUCUCUCACUCCUCUUGUGUUUGGCGAAAGAGCGAAACAUAAUUAUGAAAACUUACAGUCAUUUGGACAUAGUUUGAGUGCACGAUUAACCUCUGAGGAAGUACUCGACUUCUUAGAUCCAGAAAUGAUGUGGUUUACUCUUUCCAAUUUCAGUGAUUCGCCUUAUUCUUUGCGUAAGUGUAAGGGAAACCAGAUUUAUGAUGCGAGGUUUGUACUGCGCCUGCUUGUCUCGGUUUCUGAUGUGGGGAUGGAAGUAAGCAACAAAAAGUUUAUUCAGUGCAACGCAUUAUCAUUUGCAUUAGCAGCUACUAGCCUUUAUGAAAGGGAGAACCGAGCUUUGGCCUAUGUUAUUUUGCACCGAUUUUUAAAUCGGCUAUCAGAUUUAUCUUUGGAAAAUUUCAAUGAACGGCCAUUUUAUCUAUAUGUCUUAAGAGUUUUUCGGAACAGCAUCGAAAAGAGUAACCAGCGGAUACCUCAUGAUUUCGUUACUAGGUUCUUCAAUUCACAUUGGAAUUUGGCCGAGGAAACUACAAAACCUGCAGUUUCAGUCGUUUCGCUGUUUAUGGCCGAAGUCGUCAAGUUAUUUUUAUGUCCAGAGAAUCCACUCUAUCGACCGAUUCUUUCUUUCUUUUUGCUGAAACCCACGCUGAAUAUGGAAGAUGUUCCUGAGUUUUAUAAAUUAUUAUUAAGCUCAAGCACUGAUCAGCAUCAGGAGGAAAGGCGGUGGAUUUUGAGACUUAUUGCUGAUUCUCUGAUUGAGCCUUACGAUUACAAUAUAAUGCAAAAAAGGUUUGGGGUAAAGUUGUGCUUAUCUUUGUUUGGAAGUUGUAUGUCGGAUUGGAUUUCGAGAAGGUAUGUGCUAUUUAUCUUAUCCGCAGCACUGAGACACUCGUCUGUUGCUCAUGACCUUUUCCAUCGUCAUAAUCUGCUGUGUUGGAUAGCGACUACUAUACAAGUUGCUCAUAGCUUUCAAUUCUUCUUUGCUAUGCAAGAAAAAGACUUUAUAACUCGUUGGGAAGCGUCAUUUCUGUGUCAGUUAUUUGUAAAUUUGCUAGUUCAUUUUGAGUCAAGGUUCUCUAAAGAUAUCGCUAAUGUCGGGCCUUCGUUUGGUAACUCAGAAAGGCGAGUGUGUCAAAUGCUAUGUAGAAAGGUUCUUCAAGUGAUUUGUAAGGAAGAUGAUAAGGGAAAAUCUUUAUGGUUUGAUAAAUUGACAGCUUAUUUGGAAAGCGAUGGGGAUAUUCGAAUAAAUUAGAA